GCUGAGAUCAUGUGAAUGUCAGCUUCUGUGUAAAGGGUUGAUGUAAGAGGAGAAAGAAAGAGGUUGUCUUUGUUUCAGUGUUUGCAGAGAGUGAAACCUUUUCCAUCAUGAAAGAUCUUCACAGGUGGCUCUUUCCAUCCUGGCUUCUCUGUUAUCUGAUGAUUUGUAAAUGCAGUAACAUCAUUGUACAGAAUUUUGAGGGUGAGAAUGCCACAUUGCCAUGCAAAUAUGACAGUCAAUAUCAUGGAAAAUGUCACAUAUGCUGGAUGAGAGGAGACAUUCCCAAUAUGGGAUGUGGUGAUGAAAUUAUUGGGGGCAAUGGCGAUACAGUGGUGAGAAGACAAUCACAGAAAUACCAGAUGACUGGAGAAAUACAGCAUGGAGAUGUAUCUUUAACAAUCCUCAACAUCACAAAACAAGAUUCGGGCAAAUAUGGUUGCCGCAUACAUGUGCCUGGAUGGUUUAAUGAUGAGAUGCAUUAUGUUCACUUGAUUGUUAGUGACGCACCAACUCCAGCAACAUGGGAAACUACAUCCAUAAUCAGCAGUUUCUAUGAGCGUGAAACCACAGGAGUAUUCACCACUGCCAUGACUGAGGAGAAUUCAUCAUUUGUCAGUUCAUCAAGUGCUCCAGAGAGUAGAAAUACUGGACUAUUGCCUUAUGACACAACACACGAAACGGAUGAUUUCAAUGGUUCAUCCUCUGUGAAAAAAGGAGAGAGUGUAAAUACAUCUGCAGUUAUUGUGCCUGUUCUUCUGUUACUGUUGGCUUUCGUAGUCAUUGCUGCCCUUUUGAUAUGGAAGCAAAAGAGGAAAAGCAGAGCAUUGGUAGAAAUAGCCCAGAACUCCGAGAACUCUGUCAUCUACAAUAACUCCGGCAGCAGUUUGGGCCUGUACAACAGAGAGAUGGCUGUGGACAAUGUCUAUCAGAUACAGACCGAAAAUGAAUAUGAACAAUGGCAUUAAGGGGUCAUGUCAUGUUUUUUUAUUUUUUAUUUACUUUAUUAUUUUCCUUGAGGUUUAGUUAUGUUAGUAAAGGUUUUUUGUACAAAAACAGUCAUAAUAUAGUAUUAAAUUACAUUUUUCUACUGUCUCUGGCCCUCGGUCUGAAACACUUUUUCUGUGCUGUCCCCUUUAAGAUUUCCUCAGCCGGUCUACCAGUUCACAGUGACAAUUACUAAUUUUGUGGAUUCGGGGCUAUUCAAAUGACACUGCACUGUGUAGCCAAUUUUAAAACUAUUUAUUUUUGCAGAGUAGGAACAAUAAAUGCUCUUUUUGGACUGGAGUGGAAGAUUUGAGUUCUGAAACUUACAGUAUGUUUUUAUAGUACAAUGACCAUUUAUAUGUAAAAAUAUAGAUGAAUAUUGACAUGAAAUGACCCCUUUAAUAUCUCAGAAAAGCACAUUACCUUUAGCAUUUUUAAGUUGAUCAGUGAUGACCAGCCUCAACUGUUUUGUGUUGUCUAAAAAACUUUGUUUGUGUACUUACGUGAUAUCUAUUGCUGAUUAGAGCAAAAUUGUUGCUCUGGGCUAACCUUUACUCUUCCUAAAAUUGAUUUGUAAGCCAUACACACUUAAGUCUAGUAGCUAACAUACUGCAACACUAUCAUUAAUAAAACUUUCCCCA